CAGGCCUGAGCGCCCGGCGAGCACGCGCACUGCCUCCCCCCGCCCCCACCUGGCUCGGACGGCGGCACAAUGGCGGCGCCCAUUCCCCCGGUGCGGCCGGUCACCCACCUCCUCUUUGACAUGGACGGCCUCCUUCUGGACACGGAGCGGCUGUAUUCCAUAGUGUUCCAGGACGUCUGCGGGCGCUACAACAAGAACUACACCUGGGACGUGAAGUCCCUGGUCAUGGGCAAGAAGGCUCCGGAAGCCGCGCAGAUCAUCGUAGACGUCCUGCAGCUGCCCAUGUCCAAAGAGGAACUGCUGGCCGAGACCCAGGCCAAGCUGCAAGACGUGUUCCCCACAGCCGCGCUCAUGCCAGGGGCGGAAAAGCUCAUCCGCCAUCUGCGGAAGCACCACGUGCCCUUGGCCGUGGCCACCAGCUCCGGGUCCACGUCCUUCGAGAUGAAGACCAGAGCGCACAAGGAAUUCUUCAGCUUGUUUGAUCACAUCGUGCUGGGAGACGACCCCGAAGUGAGGAGCGGCAAGCCGGACCCAGACAUCUUUCUCGCCUGUGCCAGGAGGUUCUCCCCUCCGGGCCCCGCGGAGAAGUGCCUGGUCUUUGAAGACGCGCCCAACGGGGUGGAGGCGGCCCUUGCAGCUGGGAUGCAGGUGGUGAUGGUCCCCGACGCCAACUUACACCGGGACUUGACGGCCAAGGCCACCGUCGUGCUGCCUUCCCUGCAGGACUUCCAGCCCGAGCUCUUUGGUCUGCCACCCUACGAGUGACAGGCCCACCCCGCCUUCCCGGGCAUGGCCCCCAAGUCCCCUGAGUGAGUGGCCCAGGGGACGGGCCACGCCCGCGUCGCCAUGGCAGUGGCCAUCCCAGCCUCAGGACCUGUGCCUCUCUCGGCCGUCAGUGCAUAUGAAAAGCCAGAACUGGACAGUUGAGACAAAGCAAAAUAGGGACAGCCCAGAACAGAGACGAGAACAGAUACCUGUGAAUAAUCAUAGGACGUGAUUGUAUUUGCAUAGUCAUGUAACAGUCUAUGAUUAUGCGUGUAUUGUGACUACGCAUCCACGCAUACACAUGCUUGUGUGUGAAGAUGUGUAUGCAUACAUACGAGUACGUAAAUACAUGCUUUCCCAAGACCAAAUUAAACUAUAUGUGUGUGCAUUGCUUUGUAGUUCUUCUAAACCCUGAGUGGACCAUGUAAAGGAUGUAUACAUACAUGUCUAUGCCUUUAUGAAUAUAUACGUAGGUACGUACAUGCCAUUUGCAUACAUUCUACACUUAGUCACGCUUCUCAGUGCUGAUAUUAACGUGCAGCAGCAACUGAUAAAAAAGUGAGACGAUAAUUCUAUU